AUGAACAUUGGGAUCGGUUUAAAGCAACUCAGCUUGAGCUUGCCCUUUUCUGAUAUGAUUCCAAGAUGCACAGUGUCUUGGAAGUCCCUGAGAAACUUGUCACUGAUUGAGUGUAAACUUGGACAAGAAUCCACUGAUAAUAUUCUCUCUGGCUGUCCAGUUCUCGAAAGCUUGACAUUGUAUGCGUGCCGUUCCCUUGAGCGUCUUGAUCUGCGCAAGUCACUGAGUCUGAGGAGGCUGGAGAUAUAUCAUAGUCAUCCAGGACGAGAACUGGAUCCUUCAGGACCAGUUGAGAUUGUAGCGCCACACAUCCAUUUUUUGAAAUUGACAGUAUACGCUGACAAACAAUUUACGUUAACGGAUGUCUCCUCAUUGACCGAGGCACACCUUUACAUUAGGAUUAAUAUACUCCUUGAUUCCACGGCUCAUUGUUUCCAAACCCUGGCGCUGGAGUUGCUAGCAAAACUGCACAACGUAGAGAGCCUAACUCUUGGGGCAACCCUUCUUCGGAUUCUAUCUCUGGCCGAGCUCCGUGGUGAUCCUUUCCCAACGCUCAAGGUCCAAACUUUGAUUAUUAGAACGGAGUUUUUUGCUCAAUCUGUUCCUGGCAUAGCAAGGUUACUACAAAAUUCACCUGGGCUUAAGAAACUAACAGUAUACAUGAUGCACGGCUACAACAUAAUGGUACCUUUUAGGAAUCUGGAUCAGUAUUGGGGAUUAAAAUAUAAGGUGUUUGCUCCUUCAAAUGACAGCUAUUCAAUGUUGGGUUGUAAUGUUGCAACGUCAAAAGUCUUGGCUUGGUUUAUGGAGCUGGUGCUGAGAAAUGCAAAGACAUUAGAGAAUAUGGUUGUAUGGUUGAGAAGUAGGUACUUUGAUGAUGCACAAUGGUUUGAAGAGCAACUUCAGAUAGUUGGAACACUUUCUCACAAUAAUAAUGUCUCCAUUCUACUGAAACGAAAAAAUUUCUAAAAUUAUCAUUAUUUGUGUACUUUCUUGUCUAACUUACCAUAGACAA